AUGGCGGCGCAUGUACGACCAAAGCUCACACACGAUGAGGAUGACUCUUUAGUUCCAAUCGUCGUCGGCGAACGUGCUGUUCCUGAGCGCGUUGCUGUAGAACGCAUCGUGCUUCCUCAACUUUGGCAGCUCCGACGUGAUUCCUUGGCAUUGGGGUGGGAGGUUAAUGCCAACUUCACCUUCUUUCUCCACAAUCAUUUCUCAGAUAACUACUCCUCCUUUCGAGGAAUCACAAGACGCUUCAAUGCUGUUAACAACAAAUGGGGAUUUUCAAAACUGAUGCCGCUCAACCGUUUAAAAGGCUAUGUUGUGGACGACAAAUGUGUGUUCGGGGCUGAAUGCUACGUAUAUGGCUUCUCCGAACUGGUGGAUAUGUGGGUUUCGACAGAGUUUGUGGUUGCAGAUCACAAAUGGAGGGUGCAUGUGUAUCCUAGAGGAAAGGAGGGCAAGGAUCGAUUCGUGUCCCUUUAUCUUGAAUGUGUAUCAGCACAGAGCUUUGCUCAACACCAGAAGAUUAAGGCAGAAGUUGAGAUUAGCAUCAGUGAACACGGCGAUGAUCACUUUUCCCACCGCAUCAAGUUUGAUCGUUGGUUUAGCUCAUAUAUGGAUCUUUGGGGAGGACAUACUGAGUUUAUACCAAUUCGUGAUAUGAGAAACAAUCUGAAUGAAGGUUUUGUUUCAUUACGAGUAGGACUCUAUGUUGAAGCUAGAGUUUCUUGCUGCACCUAA